AGUGCACAGACAAGCGGUGUGUCGCGCAGCAUACUUCAACGAUGACCGUUACACACAUCUCACACCUACACGCCAACAGGUAGAACUCAAUUUCGCUGCAUCUACCGCCGCCGCCGCAGCAGCAGCAGCAGCAGUAGCAAGAAAACAAAACUGCAUGGUGACUGCGUUGCACCACGCCCGCCGAUAGACAUCGUUUAUUACUUUUAAAUAUAUAUAUAUAUAUAUAGAAGUAUAGAAAGAUCGUUGCUGCUUUCCAUAGACGAGGCAACGCACACACACCUCACACAACACACGCAUCGCGUUGCCGCACGUCGGUGCAUCCUUCUUGUCCUUUUACGGUUGUUGCCACGAUCAUUUUUGUGUUUAUUUCCUAAGAUUGAAGCGAAGGCGCAGCUACUGUUUGAGUUCUCACCACAAAUGAAUCCUUCGACAGUACAGCCCGCACCGGUGUUCUCAUCGACGAUCGAGGUGCCGCACCUUGGUCGCGGUGCGGAGGGCAGCGCGGCACCACCACCACCGCAGCAACAGCAGCGGUCUCAACCAACAACCGCUGACCUGCAUCCGUCGCCUUCUGCACCACCACCACGAAGACGACCACCCGAUGCCUUCACCGUCUCGGACGCAUCUGCCGAUCCGUUGCUGGCCGGUCUGCAGCUCGCGCAGCAGCGACUCGCCUUCCAUCUUUCCAACGCCGCCGACACCAGCUUCUACCACGGUGCGGCAGUGACGUCGCUCCUCGUGCCGGUUGAACCGCCGCCGCCUCCGCCGCUGCUCCGCGAUGUGGUGGACGCAGUGGAAGUGCCAACCACGGCGAAGGACAACGUUAGCAACAACAAUGCGGAUGUGCAGCUGACAGCUGAAACGGCGGGCGACACGCAAGACGGAAAGCAUCCGCACCAUCACCACGACGCACAGCACAAAGCACACACGAAGCGACGCCACGUGAGCAGACGGCAGCGCGUGCACGCGAGACGGGUGGAGGCAGCGCUGAACCCCGCCUUCGUCAUCGAAAUGCGGGAGCGAAUGCCGACACAGGCGCAGAGGUCAUCUCCGGCGAAGGAUGUGGCGGUGCUGAGCAGCCACAGCACCAGCAGCAGUAACAGCAGUCGUUCCGCAUCGUCAGCAGAUGCGGGUGGUGACAAUGGUGAACUCACACGAACCGCAAACCAGCGGCAAUCCUCACGGCAGCGAACCAAGAAGUCGGCAUCGGAGGCGGCCGGUGGUGGGGAUCGCGGUCAAGACGGUCAACAGCGCAGAGGUCAUCGUUCCGGUGCGGCAGAUACUUCCAAGAGGAGGUCGCGGCGGCAGCGGCAGGAUGAGGAGGAGACGGACGCGCGUCGGCAGACCGGCGCGUCGGGCCUCGACGCCCAUCUGCGCGAGAUCCCGCCAGCGGAGACCGACGGCGCGGUGGCGGCGGAAGGAGAGACAACGGAGAUGGAUCAACACCAAGAAAGACGGAAGGACGAGGACUACCGACCCGACGACGAUGACGCCUCGGAUUUCAUCGACGAGCGAAUGCGCCUGCUGCAGCACGACGGCACCGCAGCCGAUGGCGCGGGAACCGAUGCGUUUCUGUUGAAGGGCUACGCUGCCCACGUGCGCCCAGCCGAGCCCUUCCAGCGCGGCCCAGUCCCUGCGUGGGUGCAGCGCUACAGCAACUCACUGCUCUUCGAUGCGCACCGGUUAGACCACCGCGACGCCGCGAAGCUGCAGCAGAUGCUGGCGGUGUGCGAGGGGUGGGGGCGUCUCGACCGACACGUGCGGCUGCCGGUGGACGCGGUGGUGAUGCGGCUACGCGGCGACAUCGCGCGUGCACGCCGCUUGCGAGACGCACUCCUUCAAGGGGAGAGAGGUGUGCGCCGCUUCCUCUAUUCCGACUCGUACGCGGGGAGGUAUGAGGUGUACCACCCAGCGGAGAUGGACUGGACAGCAGGAAGGACCGCAACAGGUUCUCCUCAAGAAAACCUGGAGCCGCAGGACUCUGCAAACGGUGAAGUCGAGAUGCAGGCGGCGGUGCCGGCGAAGAUCGCAGAGCCGUCCGCACCGCCGUCCAGCGCGGGACCGGACGAACACACCGUGAUCGUCGUCCCCGCGUCAGAUGAGCCUCCGCACGUUGGCGGCGGAAACGGCAAUACAAGGAGUACCACGAAACCGAAGAGAUCGGCGUCGACGCCCUCGCCGCGCCACACCCCGCUGCUGUUGUCGCGCGAGUUGGAAGCGAAAGACCUACAACGUCCGCUGUUAGCGCAGACGAUCCCGGUGUGGCGCCGUCGCGGGGCCGCCGUGAAGCUGAUCGGGGAGCUGAUCGAUUUCUUAGAGGAUCGCCUGCGCGUCUUCGGCAAGCAGCUGGACGAUCCAACGCACGGCCCGGCGCUCGAGUUGAUUGGCGCCCCUGAUUUUUCUGGGGUGGACGGGAGCGUGCGGUGCACCUACCCACCGGCGCUGGAGCGGGCCCUGCGGACGACCAUCACGAACACGCUGCUGGGCGACGUUUUUGCGACACCGCGCAGUGCCUUGGGCGGCCGAGCCCUGCGCCUGAGCGAGGCCCUGCGACGUCGGCAGACCCCCUGCAUACACGACGUGUACGUGACGCAGCUCGACUACCGCCCCGUGUUCGACUACACCGCCGUGUACACCGCGCGGCCGGCGCUGCACGGGUAUGCAUCGACAGGUGCAGGGGAAGGUGGACACGCACGUGGCACGGGUAGCGCGAAUGCCGCGAGUACGUCAGCGGGUACGGACACGCGCAAGUCCUACUCGAUUCACGUCGACUACGUGCGCUUUCAGCCGUCGCUUGAGAACUUCGCCGUGAAUGCGCUGCGCAGGGGUCACCUCACCAACGCACCGCCUGCCGCGGCACGACGCCCUCCGUCGCUGCAGCUCUCCAGCUCGGCGGAUGAUUUUUCCAGUGUGCUGCUGGGCUCGUACGUGAACAUAUUGAACCCGAGCGAAGCGCCAGGUGCUGGUGGCGGUGUGCCUGCCACCGGCCAGAGCGCACGCGCAGCGCAUCAGCAGCCACAGCGCGACGACGACGACCGUGAGGCAGGCCGGCGCGGUUCGCUCGGCACCGACGACGCAGCGAGCACCACCGCGGCGCUGCUGCUGGCCCUCUCCCGCUCCGCGAGUCAAGACAACCUCGUCGCCUUCUCUCCCGAGGAGUACCUCAUUUCGCUGCUCCUGCGCUACUACGAGCAGUACCGAAUGCUGCAGCUCAACCUUCUCCCGUUUCUCAAGAACCGCUUCUUUUAUCAGGAGCAGCUCGCCCAGCUGCAGCGGCAGCCGCAUCGCAGCACGGAGCUGAACCAGCUGCAGGCUCGGCUAGAGAAACUGGCGGAGACGUCCGCAAACGUGGAACGGGGGUGUCUGCAUGUGAUGAUCCUGCUGUGGAACGCCGUGCUGGAGCAGCGCCGGCGUCGACGGCAGCAACGACGGAUCGGCUUGUCUGCUGUGCAGCUGGAUGACGGCGUCUUCCGUCCGACGGACGGUACGUGGAUGUACAACCAGGAAGCCGAAGGACACGCAGACGAAGACGAUGAAGAUCCGCCAAUUCUUAUAGAGCACCGCGCAGCAGCGCAAGGAGAGGAUCGAGGUGGGCGAGGCAGCCACAACCACGACAACGGUAGCGGCCGUCGACGUCGUCGCGGUGGCGGCAGCGCGCAGGCGGGCGAAGGACACAGCGCAGCGCCACCGAUGACCCCGGAAGAACACCGCGCCCACCCUCCGCUCUUCGACGAUGAGUGGACCGCAGCGGCGCCGGCGCCGGUGGUGCACUCCGUGAACGACACUGCAACGUACAGCGAGGGCGCGGCCGACACAACGAAUCGGAAGCAGAAGAAGAAUCAAAACACCUCCAGCAGUGGAGUGCACAACGCCGCGUCGACGCUGCCGCUGCUCUUCUCGCCCAGCGUACCGGAUGCCGGAGCGGCCUCGGCCAGUGCCUCUCCGCUGCUCGCCCCGCCGUCCGCCGUCUCCUCGGCCAGUUCUGAUCGCCACGACGGCGGUCGUCAUGACCACCCGACGUCUGCUGCGGGAGCUGGGGAUGUCGAUCUGCCUUGGGCUGCAUCCCCAACAACAGCGCCAGCCGUCGUCGCUACGCGCUUCCGCUUCUUUCUUCGCCGCUACGGCACCGUUCAGGAGGUGCCGUACGGGAUGGGAGAUGAUCUGUUGUGGUACGCCGCAGAGGUGGAGGGGACGGACGUGACGCCGACUGAGCCAGCGAGGGGCGCGACAAAAGCAGGAACGAGUACGGCACACCGUCGCUCGACCCCGUCCGCGGAUGCGGUCACGCAGGACGACCUACUGUACUUCCAGCUGGUUGUCUUUGCGCGCUCGCACGCUGCCAUCGUACCGCAGUACGUCGGCUGCACCACACCGCGACCCAUGACCACCGCGAAAGUCGUCUUCUUCAACGAAACCUUCGAGGUCCGCGCGCUGCACGAGCCUGCAGAACUCUUGCUCCACCUCAUCCCCGUUACGGCAGGGCCGUCGAAGAGGACCGUCGUAUCGACAGUCCGUCUGCGACCGACGCUAACGCGCCGCUACACGCUUCUCCCGCUGCAACCCCCGACGGCCUUUAUGUUUCAGGGGAAGCUGUUCACACGCAGCAGCAACCAACACAAUAUCUCCUCUUCCUCCACGGCAACAGCAACGGCAGCAGCGGCAGCAAGCAAGGCGGGCGGCGUGUCGAUGCUCGCUGCAGCGCCGGUGAGUGGCGUCCUGGCCGUCUCCACCACCUGGACAAGUCAGCAAGGUUUGACGAUCGGCCAAAUCGAAGAAGUCUUUCUACGCGGCGGUCGUGGCGGGGGGGCGGCGGACCCGCUAGACCCACAGUACCUGCCGCUCCUGCGCACCCUGCGCACCUACUACGUAGAACUCGACUCCACGCGGGCACACGUUGCGCAGGCAGAGACGCCGGAGCGCGCGACGCGUCGUGGCCGACGUGACCGUCGCGCCGCCGUGCAGGAGAGGAGGGGAACAACCACACCGACAGCGACGCUCGGGCCGAAAGCGUCCUUCCGGGCCGCCGGCAGAUCCGUGGUAAUCGAAGGCGGGCGGGCGAACGGCGGGUUGGCCGGUUGUCCUGCCUCGCUCAGUACUCCGGCGAACAUCACGCCGAUGAUGGUGAUGGCCGCCGCGGCCGGCGCGCGCGACUACGCCGUCGAGGAGGUGCAGCUGCGGCUGCCGACGCUCCGCCUUCAGUACCUCUUUCGGCGCUGGCUCGUGCGGAUCGGUCGCAUUAAACCGGCAGAUGAGGUUGAGUCUCGCCUGCUGGAGCGGCCGAUUCCGCUGAGCGACGCGGACGCCUACGUCGCCCGUAAGCGCGUUCUGCGUUUGGUGGAGAAGGAGGAGGAGGCCCGCAACGACGAGUACGCCGCGUCGGGUGCGCAGUUCGAUGCAAAGAGGUACUACAAAGCUCCUUCCGCCAUCUCUGGUCUCGCCCUCAGCAACCUGCCGCGGGAGACGCGGCUGAAGCUGUGGCAGGAACGGCAGCGUCGACUGCUGCUCACCCUCAAGGCGAACCGACACGCCUCCGAUGCCGAGAAGCUCGAGGCGAUCGUGAAGGUGCCGAAGCUGAUGAUGAAGCUGGUGUUUGACUUCGCGCCGCGCAGUCAGCUGAACCCCCAUCGCAAGGUGCGGCCGAAGACGGAGGACAUCGAUCGCGCGUUGCUGAAGCGGCGCCGCGACAGCCGCAUUGUGAUUCACAUAAUGAAGGCGCACAACCUGCCCUACCGCGCGGACGGCACGCCGUUAGAGCCGUUUGUGCAGGCCACCUUUGUGUCCGAGGCAGCCUACACCCGCAGCGAGGUCGGCAGCAGUCCGUCGUGGUUUGAGACCGUCGAGCUGCCCUUUCAACCCCUCGACUUUGAAGAGGACACCCUCAGCAUGAUCGACGACGAUCUCGUCCUCUCCCUCUACGACAAGGUCGAGGUGAAGAUGGCGCCCUCGGCCGCCACGACGGCGGCGGUGGCACACGAGACGCACUACCGCGCCGAGCGGCGCUUCAUCGGCACGCUGCGCAUCCCGUUCUACUCGCUGCACCAGGCGAGUGAAGCGCGUAUGGAGGGCGUCUACCCACUGCGGACGCCGCGGUGGUUGCUGGGCUACGACCUGCCGAGCGCAUCAGCGGAGCAGAGCAGCCGUCGUGGACUCGAUGGUCCGUUUGCGGAUGCGGAUAGGGGGUCGGACGAAGGCGCCACACAAGGUAAUCCGUUUGGCACGGCGCCAUUCGUGAGCGCGACGGGUGGAAAGGCGGGAGGAGAGGGUGGUGGCGGUGGCGGUAUGCUGUCGCCUUCGUCGCCCUUCUCUCCCGCUGCUGCGGAUGCGACGGCGGCUACCACGGUGGUCACGGAGGAGGGUUCAUCCACGGCAUUCGUGCGCGCCGCCACCGCCGCCACCACCACCGACGUCGCCGGUGUGCACGAGCAGCAAGCCAGCGAGCCGACGGUGCAGCUGUACGUCUCCCUGUGGCCGCCCCUGCAGCGCGAUGCGCCGAAGAAGUUGUCGAAGGCCGAGCUGCACCGCAGCGUUCAUCAGCUCUUUGUCUCGCCGGAGCUGCACUACCUCCACCGCGUGGCGCUGCGGUGGCAGCAGACGGCGUUGCAGCGCGUCCAGUCGAUUGCCGCGAUGAACGCGCAGGCCACGACGCGGCAGAUCGACCCCUUUGUGGAGUGCUCGACGGGGGAUUUGGUUCUCGUGUGUCGGUACAUGCUGCCGCGGGGCGGGCCGCCGCCGCCGUCGGUGCGCACCGUGUACGAGGCGAUCCGCUACGUCUCGCUUCUCCCCUUUGUGGCGGAUAUGAUGUCCUUUGGUGAGAAGGAUGUGUGGAGCACGAACGCGGAGCUACUCGCGAUGCGCUCGGGCGACUACGAGGAGCUCGCCCUGCUGCUGGUGCACUUCCUGCGCCACCUCGCACCGGACCGGCCGACCUACGCCGUGGUGGGCAGCGGCAGCAUCUAUCAGCAGACGAUCAUGGUUCUGCACGAGUUCGAUGACAACGAGCUCUAUUUGAUUGACCCGCGCAGUGGGUGGACCGUGCCGGCCGGGAAGCCGUACGGCACGCUGCUGCGGGAUGUGUACAUGGUCAUCUCGCAUGCGCAGCUGUGGGCGAACACGCAGCUGUCUGGCCUGCCGCACCGCAUGACGUGGGACCUGCAUAACCCGACGCACUGGCUGCCGUGCUUCGACAGCGUCAAGGACCGUCGCAUCCCGGUGUGUCUGCCGCACCUGAUUCCGAUUCAGCGCGAGGUGCUCGACUUCCCGGCGGCGGAUGCCGUGAAGGCGCGCGCGAUUGAGGUGGAGCUGCGCGCGUGCUUGAAGAGGGCGUUGCUGACGUGGCGCAAUGGAUGCCCACCCGCCUAUCACCGCGGCGUCGAGACGAUAUUGCGGGAGCUGCUGGAGGCGGCGGAGGAGGAGCGGUGCAGCUGCGGCUCGGCGCGCCGCACCGACAUCACACGCAGCGCGGCGGCGCGGCUGAGUGAGUACUUUGGGGAAUCCGUCACGGGUAGUCCGGCCUCCGCGCAAGACAGACACCCACAUCAACAGCGCGAAAACGACAUGAAGGAUGAACAAGGGCGCGAGGCAGCCACGUCCCCGCGCAAGCGACGGCAUCACCACAGUCGUCAUCGACAGGCAACGGCGAAUGCCGAGGAGGCGGAAGGAGCCCAUGGCAGAGCUGGAUCGCCGCCGCCUGGUGUGUCGUCGUCGAUGUGUGCCGCUGCUGCUGCGCUGCGGGUGCUUGGGUCACCCGUCAUGGGCUCCUUCAACCCGGCCGAUCCGCAGUUUGAAGAGCUGCUGCAGCAGGUGUUUGAGGGCGCCGUGCACGAGGUCGGCACGAAUGAGGUGAGCUUCGCGGCCGGCGUCUACGUGAAGAGCUACACGGGCGACGUGUGCGCGAUGUGGGUGUUUCUCGUUGCCAUCUGCCGCGGCUGA